AGUUUAACCAACUAACUACUCUAACAUUAAUAAUAUACCCACUCCAUUAUAGUACUCUACACUUUAUAUCUCACUUACCAACCUUGGAUUUAAAAUAGUUUAUUAAUUCCCCACAUUAAUCAUUCUAGCUUGAUCACAAAGACAAAUAUGAACCUAAAUAUAAUCCCCAAUUGUAGGUUCCCUAUUCAUAGUUGAUACAUAUAUACAAAAAAAAAAAAAAAAAAUAUUGGGUUUAGAAGAAAUGAGAAAUCAUAUGGAGAGAUUAGUAGUUCUUCCUUUUUCUUUCAGGUGUGCUUCUAAUUCAAGUGUGGAAUUAGGUGAACAAAAAGGGCAAAAAAUAGAUUCAAAAGACUCAAUUGAUUCAAGAAGACAAGAAGGACAAGUCAUCAUCACAACCAAAAUCAAGAAAAAAAGGUCUUCUGGAUUUUUUGUUCUACCAAAGCCUAAUGUAGCUGCAGGCAUACAGAGAUUGAUCAGGGGUAUCAAGAGUUUAUCUCAAUUAUUUUUUUACAAAAAGCAUAUUGAGGAGAUGGAACAAGAUAUGGAAAUAGGGUAUCCAACGGAUGUAAAGCAUGUAACACAUAUUGGACUUGAUGGGUCAACAACCACAAAUAAUGUUAAAGAAUGGGACAAUUUGAAGGCACCUGAAUUACUUUCUUUAUCUCCAAUUACGUUAAAGCAAUUUGAAUUGGCAAUGGCUACCCAAGCUCACCAACAACCACUCAUUGAUAACUCUUCCCCAAAAUGUGAUUAAAAAUACUUGUGGACUCAUUAUUGUUGGCACACUAAAUUCUCUUCUAAUUGUAGAUUAAUGAUGAUAAUGAUGGUUGAUAAUGAUGUUUUUAUAGGAGUUUACAUUGUCCAUAAAAUUAAAAUUCAUGAUAUUUGUAACUUCUUUGGACUCUUGUUUUGAUCCGUUCUUGAGAUUACAUCUUCAUUGGUUUUUUUAA